AUGUCAUUAUUGAUCUUGACGAGUCCCAGUCGUCACAAGAAAAAGAUGCGGACCUCAAAAUCGAUCCAGUACAGUUGUCAGUCUUUGCUCACCCGGUUUAUGUCUAUUGCUGAGUCCAUGUGUACCACGUUACAGAAGAUAUCUGUGAGUGCCAAUAUCAAGGAGAGAAUGGACUUUAGCUGUGCUUUAUUUGACGAAGUUGGUAAUCUAGUAGCCAAUGCUCCUGCUGUGCCAGUUCAUCUAAGUUCGAUGUCUUUUGCUGUGAAAUAUCAGAUAAAUCAUUGGGGUGAUGAUAUCAAAGAAGGUGAUAUUUGGGCCACCAAUCAUCCCAAGGCGAUGGGAACACACUUGCCUGAUAUCACUGUGAUAUCACCAGUUUUCGUGGACGGAAAGAUUCGGUUCUAUGUUGCUUCGAGAGCACAUCAUGCUGAAAUAGGAGGCACUGUUGCGGGAUCUAUGGACUCGUCAGCGACAGAUCUCAAGGACGAAGGUGCCCAGUUCAUCGCCUGGAAGCUUGUGAACAACGGAGUUUUCGAUUAUGACGGAGUUGAAAAAGUACUUUGUGGAUGA